UUCACUGAAAGAAACGGCGGCAAAAGCACCAGAAGGAAGAAGUAGAAAGCCACCAUAACUCUAAAUACUGCAUCUGCUCCACUUUAACAAAUACGGCGGUCUCUUCUUCUCGACUGCGUCUGCAGCUCCACGAGGUUUUCAUAGUGAAACGGGGCAAGAGACAAUGAAGCUGGACGUGAACAUGUUGAGAUACCUCUCAAAAGAGGAUUUUAGGGUUCUAACUGCUGUGGAAAUGGGAAUGAGAAAUCAUGAAAUUGUACCCUGUGAGCUGGUGGAGCGCAUAGCUUCGCUCAAGCAUGGAGGAACUUAUAAAGUUCUGAAGAAUCUGCUCAAGCAUAAGCUCUUGCAUCAUGACUCGUCUAAAUAUGAUGGGUUUCGGCUCACCUACCUUGGUUAUGAUUUUCUUGCAAUCAAAACUUUGGUCAACCAAUCCUAUUAUUAUCCAUUGUCAUUAUUCUUCAUAGAAGUUCAUUUUUGUUUUUAAAAAGAUAUCUUUGAGGUGGCCACGGAAGAUGGUACCGUGAUGGCAAUGAAGUUACACAGACUUGGUAGAGUUUCUUUCAGAGCUGUUAAAUCGAAGCGUGAUUACUUAAAACAUCGUAGCAGUUUUAGUUGGCUCUACUUGUCCCGCCUUGCUGCACUCAAAGAAUUUGCUUUUAUGAAGGCCUUAGAAGAGCAUGGUUUUCCUGUUCCUAAUGCUGUGGAUUGUAACAGGCAUUGUGUCAUUAUGUCACUAGUACAAGGCUACCCAUUCGUGCAGGUGAAGCAAUUGCAAAAUCCAGAGGUGGUUUUUGAAACAAUCAUUGGACUUGUUGUUCGCCUUGCCGAACAUGGUUUAAUUCACUGUGACUUCAAUGAAUUUAACAUCAUGAUUGAUGACGACGAGAAGGUCACCAUGAUUGAUUUUCCACAAAUGGUAUCUGUAUCACAUCAUAAUGCACAGAUGUACUUUGACCGUGAUGUUGAAUGUGUAUUUAAGUUUUUCAGAAAGAGGUUCAACAUGUCUUUUCAAGAAUGCACAGAUGAUAUUGAUGGAACAGAGGUAGACACAGAUGGAGGUGGUAGGCCUUGUUUUUCUUCAAUAGCCAAGGAUGCUGUUUUUCUGGACAAGGAACUUGCUGCUAGUGGGUUUACUAAGAAGGAUCAGGAAGUUGUUGAGAAGUUCAUUGAAGGAGGUCUGGAGAAGGAUGCUAGUUCUGAUGAUGAAGGUAUUGGAGAUGGCACGCACAUCUCUGAGGAGGAUGCUAGUUCUGAUGAUGAAGAUUCCGAAGAUGCCACACACAUCUCUGUGUUAAAUGAAGCGAACAUAAAGGGUGUUGAUUCAUUGCAUUUGCUAGAUCAGGGUCAGACUUUAAAUUUAAAGCAUGAAGAGGAAGGAGUAGAGAACAAUCUAAGAAACUGUGAAGUAGGUCCAAGCAGUAAACCUGAAUCUCAAGAUGUGAGUGACAAGGAGGGAGAUGAUGAGGCUGCAAAUGACAAUGAUGCGGAGCUGGAAAAGCGCUUGAGCAAGGUGAGACGACGUGCCGUAACAGCAGCUCGUGGAAGACGGAAGAAUCUUGCCUCCAGAAAUACCUACAAAGACAAGGGCGGUAGAUCCUCUCAGAGUUCCAAAGUCCAGAGCCAAUUAGGCAGCUGGUAGAAUAUGUGAAGUCCCACCGCAAAAACCAAGAUGUCUCCAUAAUCAAUUGGAGUUGGGUGCAUACCAAAGAGAGGCUGGCAGCAUCAUAUGAAAUUUUGUUCUCUUAGUAGUCUUCAGUGGUGCCCAAGGUCCAAAAUAAUAACAUUAUGAAAUCCUUGUUAUAGUGGCUAUGGCACGCGUCUAUUCAUGUAAAGUACAAUGUGAAAUCUUUCUUUGGUUUUA